AUGCAGUCUGAACACGCUGGCAGUGGGAGCUCUAGGAUUCCCAAAACCACGUCAUCUGUCCACGACGUGAAGGCGGAGAACCCACCCUUCGGAUCUAGAUUCCUCACAGAAGAAGCAGAUGUAUGGAGCCAAAACGCAUGGGACCACGUCCCUCCUCCAGAAGGGCAUCAAGAGGUCAUCGCCGCAGCGCUAGCGCGACAAAAGAUAUCUCCUGUGCCUGAUACUGAGAAGUCGAAGUACAAUGACAGACCGUCUCGGCACUGGGAUAAUUUCUACAAGAUGAACUCCGGCAAUUUCUUCCGGAACAGAAAAUGGCUGCAUCUUGAAUUUCCUGAGCUCGUUGAGGCAGCUGACGCUGAGGCAGGGUCCAUGACGGUUGCCGAAAUCGGCUGUGGCGCAGGCAACGCAGUGUUUCCCCUGCUGUCCGCCAACAGCAACCCCCAGCUCGUCCUACUAGCCUUCGACUACUCUUCACACGCUGUAAAAUUGGUACAAACGAAUCCGCUAUAUGUGGACCCCCCUGUCGGUCAGAUCAGUGCGGCGGUUUGGGACCUAUCAUCUCCCGCCUUGCCCCGAGGCGUUGAGCCCGAGAGCAUCGACAUCAUCAUACUCGUCUUUGUCCUCAGUGCGCUGCAUCCAAAUGAAUGGUCCUGUGCCAUCUCGAACAUCUAUGAGAUGCUUAAGCCUGGUGGCCUGAUUCUUUUCCGCGACUAUGGGCGGCAUGACCUUGCGCAGCUGCGGUUCAAGGGUGGGCGCCUCCUUGAUGACAACUUCUACGUUCGCGGUGACAAAACGCGCGUAUACUUCUUCGAGAUCGACGAGCUUGCGCUGCUCUUCACCGGCUCGCUCGCGCCGCAGUCUGCAAAGGCUACCAAAGGUGUCAAGAUAAUUGAAGACAAUGACGACAAUGACGACCUCGACACGCCGCCGGCUCACUCGGGCGCGCCUUUGCCACCGGUUUCAUUCCCAUCUACGCCUCCCCUACUCGAAUCAGCAGUAGAAGGCGGGUCUAUAUCGGCUGAGGAGCAGCAGGCUCGUUUCCUAUCGCCAACGGCCUUCAUACACCCAUCUCUCAUCCCGGCGCCAGCUGCAAAUGAUCGAUUGGCGCGGCAUCCCCUGUUCGCUAUCGAGCAGCUUGGCGUCGACCGUCGACUGAUCGUGAAUAGGAAACGGCAGCUCAAGAUGUAUCGGGUAUGGAUGCAGGGUAAGUUCCGCAAGCUGGAACGGUAG